AUGACAUCAGAUUCCAUGAAUCAACAAACAGAAAACUUCAUUAAUCCGUUUACGAAUAUUAAAGAACAAUGGCAAACAUUUGCAAAUGAACGGAAUGAUCUUCAAGAGAAACAUUCACCGUCGAAAGAAACGAUCAACCUCUAUAAUGAGAUUCAACAUUGGUUAAACUUAUGUAGACAAUUGCAAAGUCAACAAGACAGAAUCGAUCUAAAUAAUUUAUCAACAAAUAAUCAACUUCUCUCUCGACUAAAACAAUGUGAAGAAGAAUUGAAUCGUUUAACAAAUGCUGUUAUUCGCCUGUCAACAGAUGAAGUUGCUCCUUCAUUAAUUCAUGAAUUGACUGUACUUAGCACAUCGGCGAUAACAAUGCGUAGUCAAUUAGAGAAACGAAUCGAACAACAGUAUCGUUCAAGUGUGGAAAUAGAUACAUUUUGUAAUUGGUUGAAAACUCUCACUAAUCAAUGUAAAACCAUGGAUAAACAAAUGAUUCAACUCAUUCUAAGCCAACAACAGGAACAUAUCGAUCGAUUUCGUCGAUAUAAUGACACGGACAAACUUACGAAUUUAAUUCACAUGUGGGACGACUUACUGUCAUUGAUAACUAAUUCAUCGAAUCGAGUGACUACUCAAUUGUCUUCGAGUGACAAUGUAUAUCAACAACAAAUUAAUGAGUCAAUCCAACACUUAUUGACAACUAACGUACAACUAGGCAAGCGUCACGAUAUCGAACAGUUCCUCAAUCAAAUCAAUACCCUUUUGACAUCCUCUAAGACUUCUCAAGUUUCUCAUUUAAAUGCAACUCUACCUGCGAGAAUUUGGGAUGAAUUUGCCAAUCGGCAAUUGAUAUUGCAACAAAUGCUAAUCGAUACAGCUCACAUAGAUCGUCUUCGUGUCAAUUUUGUUGCGCAUUUCAACACAGAAAAUAAUGCAAUACUUGCUGCUAAUGAAAUAACAACAUUAAUUGAAAAUUAUCCGAAAGAAAUGACAACACAUGUUCGGCAAUGGUUAACUGAACAGCAGAAGACGCGUCUUACAGCACCAUUAGCGGCUAGUGAUAUGUCAAAAACAAUUGAAGAAUUUGAAGAAUAUCUCAAAGAUUUAGAAGAGAAUCUUCUUCUGUACGAACAGAAUGAAAAUAAUCACACGAAGCUCAAGAACCUUAUACAUUUAAUCGCUAAUCGUCCAACCAUACCUGAACAGUUACAACACGAUGCCAAGCAUCUACAGGAACGUUAUGUGAAAAUUCAGCAAUAUAUUGAAGAUCUUCAGAAGAAAUAUCUUGCUAAAAAAGCUAAUAUCGAUACGAUGACGAAUAAUAUCAAUCUACUAAUUACACAUCUACGCAAUAUUGAAGAGCAAAUUCAUAUGAAUGCAAAACAAUCGGUUCACGACUACGAACGACUCAUUCUCGACUGUCAGAGAAUUAUCAAUGAAUUGAGUCGAAUUCGUCCUCAAAUCGAAGACGCGAUCAACUCUGGCAAACGCCUGUAUUCACCGGAUAGUAAAGACACAAGCGGGAUUGAAAGUGCUGACGAAACAGGAGGUGGUUCAACAACAUCAACACCUUUGCUAUCAUCAAAAAAACAUUCCGAUUUGACCUUACGGAAAGUUCGUCGACAUGUAUUGCAACUAACUCAACAUUGGAAGAAUGCAAACAACAGUAUUGAUCAACGUUUAAAACUUUUACAACGUACUCAAACGGCUGUGGAAGAACUACGUCGCAAGUGUGAUCAAUUGCAUGCACACUUGUUAGAAAUUGAACUUGCAUAUGCACAUAAACCACAAAUCAAAGCACUCAACGUACAACAAGUGCCAGCAGAAAUCGAACAAGCAAAACAUUUAUUAGCUGCACUGAUGUCAUGCAAAGGAUCCAUUGAUGAUGUUCAACAAUCAGCAGAAACGAUUGAAAACGAACAUGAUAUUCCUGUUGUUAAUCGAGCCCAAGAACUUGAUCAUAGAUGGCAACAUGCUGUAUCAUCCGUUUCUCAACGUAUUCAUUCGUUACAAGAUUCGAUCAAGGAUACUGAAAGUGAUAUCUAUUCAAAUUCAGUAGAACACCCAUGGCAGCGUGCAAUUUCCGUGAACAAAAUUCCUUACUUUAUCAACCACUCAGAUCAGACAACUUCAUGGGAUCAUCCGAAGAUACUUGAAUUGAUGCGUUCGUUUGCCAAUUUCAACGAUAUUCGAUUUUCUGCCUAUCGGACAGCAAUGAAACUUCGUGCUUUGCAAAAACGUCUUUGUCUGGAUUUAACAUCGUUGAGUGAUAUUAUUGGUGUUUUCGAACAAGAGGAAGUGACUGAUGCAUUGAACAAGAUGAUUGAUAUCGAUCAAAUCCAAAUAUAUCUUCAAAAGAUCUUCGAAAAAACAGCGAAUGAAUAUCCACAAUUGAUCAAUGGUAUAGUAACAGUUGAUUUAACAUUGAACUGGCUGUUGAACAUAUACGAUCUGAAUCGAACUGGUUCCAUUCAGUUGUUAUCGAUGAAAAUGGCAUUGACAUUACUCUGUCGAGGAAAUAUCGAAGAAAAAUAUCGAUAUAUUUUUUCGUUGGUCACAUUUGAAUAUGAUGGUCGUUUUGUAGCUGAUCGGCAACGUCUAUCACUCUUGUUUCAACAAGCGAUUGUUAUUCCGAAGCAACUCGGGGAAAUCGCAGCAUUUGGUGGAUCCAGUGUGGAACCGAGUGUUCAAAGCUGCUUUGAAUAUGGUCAAAAUGCUGAUGUUAUAACAGCGGAAGAUUUUCUCGAAUGGGUGAAACUCGAACCUCAGUCACUUGUCUGGUUACCUGUUAUGCAUCGUCUUGCGGCUAGUGAAGUAGCUAAACACGAAGCUCGUUGCAAUAUCUGCAAAGUCUAUCCAAUUCUUGGCUUUCGUUAUCGUUCAUUGCGACAUUUCAAUUGCGACAUUUGUCAGAAUUGUUUCUUUUCUGGUAAACAAACGAAACUCUUCAAAAUGGAUCAUCCUCUACAAGAAUAUUACACCGAAACGACGUCGUCGGAAGAUAUCCGCGAUUUUUUUCGCAUAUUCAGAAAUAAACUAUGUGCAAAACAACGCAAAUCACCCAAACUUGGAUAUUUGCCACUGCCGCAUGUAUUCGAUAACACAAUGACCACCACAGAUCAGCCGACAGCACCAUCACCCAUCACCAGCUCGUUGUUCACUACACCUAUCAAAUCGGAACAUGAAAUGAUGCAGCCAACUGCCCUUUCGAAUGGAUCAAACGACGAACAUGGUAUAAUUGCUCAACACUGUAGAAGCUUGAACAGUGCAACAUAUAAAUCACCGCGUAUUGCUGCACAUGAGUUACUCACUCGUUCGACGUCCCUUGAUAAUGAACAACGCAAUGAAUUAGAAGCGGUUAUUCGUGAUCUGGAAGAAGAAAAUCGUCUCUUGCAAAAUGAAUACGAACGUCUUUGUCAUGAACACAUGGAAAAAUCGUUGAUCAUUACCGAUUCGCAAGAGCCAUUUCCAUUCUACGAUAAUCAAUCAGAUCAUUAUAAUAGUCGAGAGAUUCUUCGCGAAGCUAAGCAAUUACGACACCGUAAAACAAAAUUAGAACAGCGGAUGAUCAUUCUUGAAGAGCAUAAUAAACAAUUAGAAAAGCAGCUAAGACAAUCGAAACAAUUAUUAAUCAAAGAAUCGCCUUCUCAUAAUCUCCGUCGAUCAGUGGAUCGAAACCUCGAGCGACAACCGAAUUUGUUAACUAUUGAUAAUCUUUUCCAUAUGGCUGAUGAUAUCAAUCGUGCAGUAGGUGAUCUCGUUUCAGUCAUAACCGAGCCACAAAUAUCAACAUCUCCAAACUACUAUCAACCACUUAUGACGACUUUUCUCAUCCGACGACUAACCAAUCGAGGAGUGAUUUCUCAAUGUCGAGGAAUGACUCUAUCAUUCGCGAAUGCUGCGGCAUCGUGUAAUUCUACCAAUGCAACGCCGAUUAGGAAAACAGCUCUAUAUGAUUAUCAUGUAGGCAAUUCCGGACGAAUGGUUAGUUUUUGUGGUUGGACCUUACCUGUGCAAUAUUCGGCUUCUGUUAUUCAAUCGCAUUUGUAUACGCGACAAGCGGCUUCAAUUUUUGAUGUGUCUCACAUGCUUCAAGUUUUAGUGAAAGGUUCCGAUCGUGUCCGAUUUUUCGAACGUUUGAUCGUUUCGGAUCUGGAAAAUUUACCCGAAAAUUCGGCAUGUUUAACUCUGUAUACAAAUGAACAAGGCGGUAUUCUUGAUGAUUUGAUUGUAACCAAAACAAGCGAAGGAUAUUUAUAUGUCGUGUCCAAUGCUGGACGUGCUCAACAAGAUUUGGCUCAUCUGAAAACUCAAUUAGCAAAGGCGAAACGAGACGGAUUAAACGUGGACAUUGAAGUCUUAGAAGAUCAAUCGUUACUUGCAUUACAGGGCCCACGUUCAGCUGAAAUACUUCAACCUCAUCUUCCAUCGUCCUUAGAUCUGUCGAAAGUCUAUUUCAUGCAAAGUCGUUUAACCAAUUUCGAUAAUGAUUCAUCGAUUCCAUGUCGAAUUAAUCGCUCAGGCUACACUGGUGAAGACGGUUUCGAAAUUAGUGUUUCGAAUAGCAAUAUCUUACGUGUUCUCAAUAGUUUAUUAUCCUCAGGUGUAGCACAAAUGGCUGGUCUCGGCGCUCGGGACUCACUUCGUCUCGAAGCAGGCCUAUGCUUGUACGGCAAUGAUAUUGAUGAGCAGACGACUCCGAUCGAAGCUGACUUAGCAUGGACUAUUGGCAAACGACGACGCCAGCUAGCUGAUUUUCCUGGUGCAAAGAUUAUUCUCGAGCAAUUGAAAACAGGUCCGCCGCGAAAACGUGUCGGAAUCAAAUCUCUAGGUGCAUGUCCGAGAAGCGGUGCUGAAAUACGUAGUGGCCGUGGAGAAAAUGAACAUGUUAUUGGUAAAGUUACAAGCGGUUGUCCAUCACCAUCUUUGAAAAUGGUCAAUAUCGGCAUGGCAUAUAUCGAAACGCCGCUUGCUAAAAUUGGAAAUAAAGUUGUGGCCAACAUUCGUAAUCGUCCGAUUGAUGCUGAAAUUGUGAAGAUGCCAUUUGUUCCAGCAAGUUAUUACAAAGCUCCAGUCAGCAAAAAGAAAUGA